UUAGUUUUUAAUUUAUGCUGCAUCAAUACCUUUCAGCUUCUUUGUAAUAUUUUACAAAUUAUUUACACGUAUGAUUCGAUGUUUGAUGAGUUUUGUCCAAUUCAUAAAUUUGUCAAAAAUUGGCACAUGGUAGCAAGUAUCUAUACAGCCAUGUUUAUAGCAAUCGAACGAUACAAGGCGGUCACGAUUCCAAUGCCUCGGUGGUUGAGUAAAAACAAAAUUUUAAGUUUUAACUUGGCCUUGUGGAUUAUAAGCAUAAUAUCAUCCCUGCCUACAUUCUGGUUUUCUCGUAAAAUAAAAUUAGAUCUAAUUGUUGUUCACAGUGUAUGCAUUAAUGAUCCUGAAAAAAUUGAUAGAUGGUUUGCCAUCUGUUGUGCGUGGACUACAUUGGUGUUUUCAGUACCAAUAUGCAUAAUGAUCUUUUGCUACUUUCGCAUCAGGGCCAAACAAAAAGAGCUGCUGUGCAUAGGCGAAAUGAACGAUACGCAAAUCAGAAAAUUACAAAGAAGAAAAAAGGUCACAAAAAGAUAUACAAUCAUCUCGGUAAUAUUUUUAAUCAGCUGGUUGCCUAACUUUAUUUGGCUGACCUUAAGAUUGUCGUUACCGAGCGACAUAAUUGAUUCCUACUGGAAAAACUACUUUGAAAAUAUUAUGCGAAUAAUAAAAUGGUUUAGCGUAACGUGCUCUUUGAAUAGUGUUUAUUUUCACUAUUACUUUAGUGCAAAUUUUAAGGAUAACUUCAUUGAUUGUCGGCCAUUUUACGAAAGGAAAUACAAGACUUUCAAAAGUGGACUAAAUGAGUCUGAAUAA